GUGAAGGGGCCCUAGUCCCAGGUGGUGUGAGUGUGACUGCCAGAGUGGCUCCUGGAUAGUUGCACAGAGAAGUUUCCUUAUCAGACAAGAUGUGUGUAGUGGAAGUGGGUAAUUAAAAAUCACCUAAUUAUUACGCUAUCCUGUAUAUUGCAUCAGUACCUGGUGUGGUAUUAUCUAAUAUCCUGGGGAGAAAUGCAGGCUCUGCCUGUCCCUGUCCCCAUCCAAAACCUCAGAAAGUUGUGUGGCUGAGAAAAUAGCUUUACUGAUUUAUAGCAGUAGAAGGUACUAUGCCAGUAUUCAGAAGCUUUGUUUCCAGGUUAAACAUAAAAUCCAAGUUGACUGGCAUAGUCCUGGAAGGAAAUUGUCACGUCUUAGGGCUUCUGUGGCCUCUUCUGUGACUCUUCUCCCCAGAGCGUUCCCAAAGUACUUAGUGUAGAGCUAGCCACAAAAGUGUUUACGUAUUUGUAGUUACUCUAUGGCUGAGAUGUCACAGGGAUUGCUGUGCAUUUCCUUCUAACAAAUAGCUUUUACUGUUUUGUUUUCAUUCUCAAUCUCAAGAACACUCUGCCUGACUUUAUUAGCUGCAAGCAGUGCUCUUAGUGGAUGAGCUGGCAUAUAUAAGUCCUUUGGUUCUCUCUAAUUGGUGGUGUAAUUUUUUUUCGUUAAUUUUUCCUUAAGUGACUUAAGGCUUAUUUUUACUGCAGAGUACAAUUAUCAAGAGACGUGCUUGAAAUAAUGUAAGGAAAACCCCUAUCCUGCGCUGCUGUCCUAUGAAGGGUCAGAUACAGCAGCAUAUAGCUGCUGCAGAGCUAUACUGACAAGCAAUGCACAGGCCCAUGUUUCUCUUACUGUGUUCUCUCUGGUUAUGUCACUUCAAGUGGAGCUCUCCCAAGGAUAGGUCAUAGCACAGCUAAUUUGAAACUUGGCUUUGCUUUCAAGUGGUUGUGUUCUCUUUCAGACGUGCCCUUUAACAGCUGCUUUAUCAUUGACCAAACUUGGAAACUAAUAAAGCACCAAAUCCAGCCUUGUGCCUGAUAAUGUUAUGGGAAACUGGCUUCAGGCUCCCUGGUGAUUCCAUAGGUCUAGCCUAGGUCGCUGAAUAGAGCUCAAGAUGGUCAGUUCGGCCUCCAGCAGUUCCUGCCUUGUUUUUCUUCCCAUACACAGGGCUAUCUCUUCUUAAACUGAACUAAAUCACAAUCUUUCUACUUUGAUCUUCUAUUAAUGGCUCAUCCAUUUAUUGUAGCAGAAUUUCUCUUACCCACUGCCAGACACUCUAGUUCAGUAUUUGACAAGUAUAUAAUUAUUUCUCCUGUUUCUGUCAGCUGAAUACAUUCUACUGUUGCUCUAGACCUUGUAAUUCUCCCUCGUUAAUGCCUGCCUUUCCUGAACCACAUCCUUGUUAGAUAAGGAGUGUUGAUGGUGAUUCCUUCUCACCCCUAAAUCUCUCCCAACACAUUUUAAUGAAGGUAACUGCCUAUGAUGCAAUAAGAGGCCAAAUAUCCACAUCAGUCAGAGGGAAGGGAAAGAGCAGCAAAUGAGCUUUCACCUACAUUUUGGAAAGUAAAUAAAAGCAUUACAAGCUUUUCAUCUUGCCCACUCUCUUUCUUCUUAUUGGGAUAUCAUCUGAAAUUAAUUUUUAAAAAAAUUACCAAAAAAAAAAAAGGGGGGAAGAAGCUCCACUUCUGAAAUCUUCAUAUGUAAUGGCUGUUAGUGAUGAGAGAAACUUAGUCCCAGCUCUCAGAAGUCCCAGGACACUGUAACUCUUAGAAAUUACAAGUUGAACCUUUUUUUACACCUUAAACUCAUAGGGAAGAAAAGUGGGAAGGUCAUUGUAGGAAAUUAGGCUUCCAUACCACUCUCUGCUGUAAGGUUGGAAAUCUACAUUUGCUGUAGUAAUUGGUAGAGCAGGAGUAAGAUUUUUUGUCAGACUUUUUUCUCAAGAAUGAAAACUGAGUAAGUUAAGUUUUAAUUUUCUCUGUUUGAUUGCUGAGAUAAAUUAAUUGCAAAUCCACAGGCUGAAAAGAAGCACAACAAGCUGUAUCCUUGUCUAUGAUUAAAUGAGGUUUGAUGUAUCAAGGUAGUUUUGCUGUGUUCUUUAUCUCACACUAGUUUGAAUGCAUCAAUGAAAGUGAAGAUAAAGUUAUAUCUAAAAGUGUUUGUCUUUUUUAGCAUGCAAUUUUGAUCUAGGCAAAAAUUCCAUGUCAUUCCAAAUGGGGAGUUUUCCUAAGCAGAAUUUAAAAACUAUAUUCAGGUAGUGUUUUCCUUGUAUACAGAUGACUGAAUAAGUAUAAGUAGAUAAUUUUUCUCCAAUAUAUUUUAUCUGGAUUUUUCAAAAACAACAAGCUCUACAAGAACAGGUUUAUUAAACUGAAUGUAAAAGUUAAUGCUUUUCUUUCCAAGUGAUAUUGUCAGAUGAGCAUUUGCUUACUGCUUUUUGAGAAUCAAAUACCAUUUGUUCAGACCAAGGAGGGCAAUUAAUUAAUUGAUUGACUGAACUAGAAUGGAAAGUGGAAUUGAAACCAUUCACACAAGGGUUUUGGUUUUUUUGUUUUUUUUUUUUUUUUGUACAGUACUGAAAAGCCACAGUGUGAAAAAACAGAAAAAGCUUAUAUUUCUUAUUCUCCCCAAACAGUUCUUCUGAUGUGAGGGCUUUGACUGACUCAGAAAUGAAAAGCGUCUUUCAUAUCAUCAUGUCUUAGGGAAUCUUUGCCUUCUUGAAGGCACAUGGAAUGGUAUCUAAACACACUUGUUUGAUCCAAUAAAAUGCGUGGAUAGAAUGUUAAAAAUCCUUCCACUCAGCUACUGGAAAUGUCACAACAGGUAUAAAACAAAUUUUCAGUACAUUUUAAGUACUAGAUAGCUUUAACCUAUUGCUUUGCAGAACUACUUUGUUUUCUUAGUUGCAGCAAAACCACUGUAUUGCACAGAAACUCACAGAAUUUGAAAGGCAACAGGCCACUUGCAGUCAUCACCAUUUACUGUGGAUACCCAAGUAUUUCCUCAUAUUUUUGUAUUCUCUUAGUUUUAAGGAGAUUUUCUUGAUGUAAAUGUGAUUUUAGGGGUUAGAGUUGCAAUAUCAUUUGUUUGUUCUGCUUUCCUUCUCCCUUAGUCACCUACUUCUGUUUCUCCCUGUAUCCCUUACACUGACAUGAAUCACUGUGACUGCUCUUAUGAUGCAUUCUUAUGUAUACUUGGCUUUGCAGAGCAGCUUGGGUAGCAAUAACCCUCUACUUUGGGCAGUGUUUCACUCUUCUCUUUUGCAGGUGUCAGAUAUUCAUAUCAGCAAAUUUCGAGAUCCCAAACGAGCUCCUGAAUUCGAAAAAUUCUGUUCUGAAACAAUUGAUGUAAUUCAGCCAGCACUUGUUCUAGCAACAGGUGAUCUGACAGAUGCUAAGACAAGAGAUAAACUGGGAUCUGAGCAGGUAGAAGAUGAGUGGAAAACUUAUCAGUCAAUCCUGAAGAGAUCAAGGGUCAUGGAAAAAACCAAAUGGAUAGACAUCAAAGGAAAUCAUGAUUCAUUCAACAUUCCACGUCUGGAUAGUGUUCAGAAUUAUUACAGGAAAUACUCUGCCUGGCGUAGAGAUGGUUCUUUCCAUUACAUCCACACUACCUCUUUUGGGAACUAUUCAUUCAUCUGCGUGGAUGCCACACUCAGCCCAGGCCCUAAGAGACCCUAUAAUUUUUUUGGGAUUUUAAACAUGAAUCAGAUGGCAGAGCUGUCUUUGAUGGCAGCAGAAAGUCUACACAGCAACCAUACUAUCUGGUUUGGCCACUACCCCACCUCAACAAUCAUCUCCCCAUCCCCUGGAAUACGAACACUAAUGAGUUCUGCCACAGCCUAUUUAUGUGGACAUCUCCAUACAAUGGGUGGGCUGAUGCCAGUCUUGCACAGUCAACACCGUGGUGGCACUCUGGAACUUGAACUGGGAGACUGGAUGGAUAAUAGGAGAUACAGGAUCCUCGCAUUUGAUCAUGACCUCCUCAGUUUCGCAGAUCUUAACUUUGAAGAGUGGCCUGUAGUUCUCAUCACCAAUCCCAAAUCCUUCCUUUACAGCAGUUCUACUCAUGAACCACUAGUCAAAAUUCUUUAUUCCACUCAUAUCAGAAUUCUGGCAUUCUCUCCUUCUGUCAUUAUCUCUGUCAAAGUCUACAUCGAUGGAGUUCACCUGGGGAAUGCACAUCAUGUGUCUGGCCCUCUCUAUGUGCUGAAGUGGAGCCCACAAAACUACAGUGAAGGGUUCCAUCACAUAGAAGUGACUGUCCAGGAUGCUUCAGGAAGAAUUGGCACACGGGGCCAUUUAUUUGGUAUGGAAGAAAACCUCUCUCUUAGAUUUGACUUUUGGUCAUCUGUUAUUCUUCUCACUGACCACUAUGUUCUAGCUCGAGUGCUCUUUGGACUGAUUGUGCUGAUUCAGAUUACCUUGCUUGUUGUUUUCCGACACCUCCAAAAGCCAGCACUCAAAGGAAAGCCGGGAUUACUUACUCUGACUUCAUAUUCUCUUCAUAUCUUCAGUAAAACAAACACCUUCUAUUACUCAAUUCUGGUUCUGAAUUUAUACACCAUUCUGGGACCAUGGUUUGUAGGUGAACUGAUAGAUGGCCAGAUGGGGGCCUGUUUUUCCUUUGGGGUGUUUGUUGGUGGUUCCUUCUUACAGGGCAGUAUGACAUUUGUGGUUGGGAUUUUACAGAUGAUGUUUUUCAACCUGCCAUUGAUGGCCUACCUGUGCUGGUGCCUGCUGCUGCGAUGUCAGGGCCACAGCUUUCGCUCCCACAUCCGUCACGUCCGACACCUCAUGGCUGUGCUGGUUCACCUGGCAAUGGCCCUGCUCCUGGCCUGGCAGCUCUAUUCCUGCUAUUUCCUGCAGCGAACAUACGGCACCUUGGCGUUCUUCCUCUCCCCAAUGAGAACGUGGUUGGUGGUACUGACCACAGCUCUCAUUUAUAAAACCUGGACACUGAAAUCAUCAGAGCUCAGAACUUACAUAAUAGAGAUAAAAAACUGUCAAAGCUCUUGAAGUACAAUAUAAGUACUCCAAGUUCUGUCUUAAAAACUGUCAAGAUACAACCUUAUCAUUUUGUGAUGCUGGAAUUCCAUACACUCCACCAUUAGGUGGUAAGACCCAAAGCGGCACCUGCACUGCUACAGAACUGUAUUAAAUAGUAAAUGUACAAUACACACUUUCCUUGUAUUAUACAACAUACUGUAUAAAACAUGUUAUAUAAUACAGUUAUGCAUUAUACAUUAAUACAGUAAACUGUGGAAUAAUCUCAUCAAUGGGUUUUUUUUAGUGAUACAGAGAUAGAUAUGUCCAUAUGGCUCACAAAUGGAAAUGUUUGUCUAUUACUACUGUGAAUAGAAAAAUACUUUUAACUAAUUAUUGAUUUUUUUAUAAUGCUGCAAAAUAUGAGCAUAGGACUUGAUGAGCUUCUUGAUUUGUGCUUAAUUUGAUUUUAUUUCAGGGUUGACAUGUGUUUUUACAAGACUAGACCAGAUGUCUUUAUGAAGUAAUGGUGAUUGCAAAGGCGUUGUAGUGGCCUUCCCAGUCAGAGUCCUAUGCCCAUACAUGUUUUCAGUUCAUAAUGCUGUAUACAAGCAGAUUAUAGGCUGUAAGGUGUGCAUAUGUAUUUGUGUUCAUGUUUACCUGAGCUGUGGUCUAUAGCUCUUGCCCUGGGAGUGCUGGCUAAUUAACAGGCUCACUCUCUGGAAGUGAGCUCCUUCUCUGGAAGGAAGGAGUUUCAUUUCCCACUACUGAGGCUGCCAGUCCUCUCACCCAUGACUGGUGAAAGAACAGUGAAUUAUCAGCAGUGCUGGGGUUCUCAACUUCAAAGCAAAGAAUGGAGACAAUGUCCUCAGGAUGGGAGAAGCUGAAGGAAUACUAUGGUUUGAUGUCUAUAAAGUCUGUAAUUUCUGUUUUAUGUGUCUCAGCUGUGUUUCUGGGUUUCAGCCAAAUGCACCAAAGAGUGACCUAAGAAAACUCAUUUCUUUGUUUUCAUUUUUUCCUAAGUCCAAAAAUGAUAGAACAGUUAGUUAGAUUAAUGAAGAAUGUAAUGAUCGAGAGCCAGGAAAGCUGAAGUGCCUUGAUCUGUAAAGAACACUGCAUUGCUUCACAAACAACCUGCUGUGAGUGGAACACUUAAAAUACUAUAGGUAAUUUUACAGUAACUUAUCUGUGGCUUCUCAAGAAAAGAGAGGACAAAUUUAGUUCUAGUCCCUUUGGAAAAAAACAGCAGUGACUGUAAUAGAACACAGGAAAAUAAAUUGGAAGAAAAUACUGACUACAACAAGGACUUUUGUUAUUUCUGUUGUGCAAUUAUAUAGGAAAAUAGUAAUGUAAUGCUAAUAAUAAUGUAAUUUCUUCAAUGUAACAGGGAAAAGAGAGAGCACCCAUUUACAUGAGUUAAAUACACUGCUCAGAGAAUAAAGAAUGUAAUUCAUUGCUACAAAAGUUUGUUUUGCAAAGCUGUUAAAAAAAUCAGAGACAGGGCGCAAAAUUUAUUUGUGAGAUACAAUACUGAAAAAUUGAUAAUAAAAUGCCAUUCACAAUUAAA